AUGGAUGAAUCGUCCAGCGGUGCGACGCGCGCGCAGACGGUGCGCGCGACGAGCGCCACGAUGCUCGCGCGCGCGUCAAACAGUCAAGAUUCUUUACACGCGCGCGACGCUGAGCCGACGAAUUACGUCCCCUCCGCGCCCGCGCUCGUCGGGCAAGUCGUCGGAGGCAAUGAGACAGACGCGGCGCACCUACGGUUACAGAGGAUGGCGGCGUUCGAGUCGCACGAUUACGACCCGAUCGACAAUGACUUGGAGGAGGAUGCCUUGCGGGCGCGCGACCGGGAGGAUUAUCGACGAGAGAUUUGGUGGAAGUGGGCGACGAGCGCGAUGAUCGGAAUGGUGAUGGGGUUCAUCGCUUUUGUCGUCGAUGGGUUGGUGGAUAAGCUGAAUCUGUUCCGGUACGGCGUCAUCGGGGACAAGGUGGGGACGGAUGGGUACGCGCGGUUUGUGGCGUGGUUAUUGCACGUUAUCGUGAGUUGUCUGUUCGCCUCCGUCGCGGGGGGGUUAGUGAGUUACGUCGAACCUUUGGCGGCGGGAUCAGGGAUUCCUGAGUUGAAAACGUACCUCAACGGCGUGCAUCUGAAGGGGUUGUUAAGGUUGAAGACGGCAGUCGCCAAGCUCGGCGGCAUCGCAUUCAGCAUCGGCGCUGGACUCAUAGCAGGUAAGGAAGGGCCGUUCGUGCACGGCGGUGGUCUCGUCGGAGGCGGGCUGAGCGCGUUUGGGUCGAAUACGCUCGGUUUUAGGCUGAAGAAACCGGCUUGGUUUCGGGACGAUCGUAACAAACGCGAUUUUGUCGCCAUCGGCACCGCGACGGGCGUGGCGGUGGCGUUCGCGGCGCCCAUCGGUGGGAUGUUAUUCACCGUGGAGGAAGGCGCGAGUUUUUAUAACUCUGACAUGUUAUGGCGAGGGUUCUUAGCAACGUGCACGGGCGUGCUCACGAUGCAUUGGCUCGAGCAGCUUGACUUUGACGCGAACGACUUUGCGCGCGCGCGGUUCGGCACUCAUCGUGAUUUCGGUCUGUACACCGAUAACGAGGCGGAUUACUCUAGAAAUUAUUGGUGGUACUUUUGGGAAGUUCCCAUCUUUAUUCUCAUUGGCGCAUGCGGAGGGCUCCUGGGCGCGGCGUUUGUGAAGAUGAACGUGCGGAUCACGAAGUGGCGAGCGUUGCACAUCCCUGUGACAGAUAAGCGCAAGCGUCUACUGGAAGUGAUUACCAUCGCCGGAAUCACAUCGACGCUCUUCUUUUUCUUCAUGUCGGUGUCGCCUUGCAAGGACGUUCCCACGCCGCUGAUGCCCGGUUCCAUCGACGACCUCGGUGUGAUUUCAAACACGACGUUUGAGUACGGAGAGGAGACUCGCGACGAGAUUCGCAAAGACUUCUUCAAGCAGCUUUACUGCCCCGAUGGACAGUAUUCUGUGUACGGUCAGUUGUUCUACAAUCCGCUGUCGACGUCGUUCAAGUUUUUGUUGCAUCUCGGCGAGGUUGGAGAGUUUGGUGUAGACGGAGAGCACCCGUUCCCCAUCAGCGCUCUGAUCUGGUACUUCCUGCUCACCUUUUCCUUGAUGACGAUCACGUACGGCAUCGGCGCCCCGACGGGACUCUUCGUUCCAUCGCUCGCCGUAGGCGCGUCUUUCGGCCAGCUCGUUGGUCGCAUCGUGGCCUCCAUCGCCAGUCAUCGAGGAAGUGAGGUGAGGAUCAACUUGCACGCGUACGCAAUCAUAGGCGCGGCGGCGAAUCUCGGUGGGGCAACGAGAAUGACCAUAUCGAUCACAGUUUUGGUCAUGGAAACCACUGGGUCGAUGCAAUUGAUCAUCCCGCUCAUGCUGACGAUUUUCACUGCGAAAGCCGUCGGGGACAAGUACACGCACGGGAUUUACGACACGCACAUCAAAAUCCGAGGCGCGCCAUUCUUAGAGGAACCCGAGCUCGCGGGUCCCGCCGCAGAUAAGCUUCGUGUGAAUGAAGCGAUGGCAGACGACCUCGUGACGCUGCAACCGGUGAUGCCGAUCUCGGAUUUAUUGCAAGUUCUCACGACGACGAGUCACGGAGCGUACCCGGUAACAGAGCAACCUCCGGCGUACGCGGGCGAAGAGUUUGAGCUGCACGGUUCCAUCACGCGCAACUUGUUGCUCAAGAUGUUGCUUCAUAGAAUAUCAUUCGUCCCGACUGUGGGCGGUCGAAGCGAUGAUGGACGUCUGUUUUCGACUCAACGCGAGCGAGACGAACUCCUGGAGCAGUUGAAACAGAUUCCGUUCAAGGUGCCGAGCGCGAGAGAGGUCGCGCACAGAGUCUCCGACGAGGACAUCCAAACCAUGUCCGUCGAUCUUCGAAGUUUCAUGCAGAGACAUCCGUUCGUCGUGCACGGAGACGCGCGAUUAAGUCGGGCAUACAGACAGUUCCGCACGAUGGGUCUGCGUCACAUGUACGUCAUGCCCUCGCGUCCGCGCGUCGUCGGGUUGCUCACUCGCAAGGACAUCAUCGAUGAGCGAUCCAGUCUCACUUUGGGCCUGUACGCGCGAGGUUUAGCCCAUCCAAGAGCGCGAACGGUCUCUCGCUCGUUCGAGCCCGAGUUCGAUCCUCGAGACGCGAGCGCGCGCGACGUCGACGGCGCAGACGACGCAAAGGACGAGCGCCAGACGCACCUUCCGUACAUUCCGUACUACAGCAACAACGCAAACACCGGCGACGACGACGGGGUCGAGCCAUCGCGCGUGGACGCAUCCGCGAACCCGUUCGAGGCCUCCAGCGCCCGCAGGCGCCCGCACGGCGGCGCGCGCCCGCGCCCGUGA